AUGCGCGUGCGCGUUAGCGACGGCGCGAACGCCCCGGCGGAGACGGAGAUCACGAUCGCCGUGACGAACGUGAACGACCUGCAGCCGGUGUUCGAGCGAGCCAACUACACCUUCACCGUCACCGAGAACGCCGACUGCAACGUCACCUUCGGCAAGGUAUCGGCCAUCGACCCCGACCUGCCCAUGUCCGAGAGCCAGAACAUCUUAUAUUACCUGUCGUCUCUCGAACUCGCCAACUUCACGAUCGGGAACACGUCUGGCGAGCUCUCCCUCAAGGGCUGCCUGGACCGGGAGGCAGCGACCCGUGGCACUAUGACCUUCUAUCCGCGUGCCAACGACGAGGGCGGACGAGGUCACGACGCCAACCCAGCCACCGUUGUUCUGACCAUUCUCGACCUUAAUGACAACCAUCCGCACAUCCGGUCGCCCAAACCCGACACCGCCACGGUUCCCGAGAACGUGCCUCCCGAAGGCGUGGAGCCGAUUCUCAUCCAGCUGGACGACGUGGACGAGGCAGGGAAUGGGUGUCCGUGCCAGCUGGCGUUCGUGCCUUCGACGCCGCCCGCCCUCAGGGAGAAGUUCAACCUCACGGAAGUUGAGGGCUCCGACUCACAGUACAUCCUGCGACCGACCACGACGCUCGACCGAGAGGAGCAGAAGGUGUACAAGCUGCCCUUCCUCACCACGGACAGCCAGGGCGUGUCCGGAAUCCGCUUCCUCACCCUCGAAGUCGGGGACGAGAACGACUCUCCCAUGGCGGAUGGAACGAGCAACAUCAAGGUGUAUAAUUACAAGGGUCAGUUCCCAGCCUUGGUGAUCGGGAGCGUCCACGUGACGGACCUGGACGACUACGACCUCGAUUCCAAGACCUUCGAAGUUGACCCCGUGACCUCGCCAGACGCCCAGAAACACUUCCGGGUCGACCGAGAGAGCGGGGACAUAACUAUGCUCGAGGGUACACCCGCCGGCACCUAUACGCUGAGAGUAAAGGUACGAGACAGCGAGCGAAGGGAGGCGGCCACAGGACGAGUCACGGUGAACGUCGUAGGUCUCACGAAGGAUGCUGUGAUGCAGUCAGGAUCUCUAAGGAUCUCCAGCAUCUCGGCCAAGAAGAUGAUGGAGAGCAGCGAGGCGGCGGGUGGGAGGAGCUUAUACGAACGCCUCAAGAGAGAGAUAGCGAAUCUGCACAGCAUCCGCGUGGAUCAGGUGGAUAUCUUCACACUUCGGGAUGUGGAUGGCGGCGUGGAUGUUAGAUACAACUGCCACAGCUCUCCUUACUACUCGACUGUUCGACUAAAUGCUGUUAUGAUGCAGAGAAGAGAGAGAGUGGCGGAAUCUUUAGGUGUUGAGAUUCCCUUGAUUGACAUGAACCUGUGCCUGUACGAGGGCCUGUCUCCGUGCGGCGACCGGAGCUGCCAGCACACGAUGCGCCCGAACCUCACGGCCCCGCUCGUCGUGGCCAGCGAGACCGCCACCAUGGUCGGGCUGGACAUCACGGACGACUAUAUCUGCGGCUGCGGCGAAUCCGUGGCUUCAGGAUGCUCGGGGGACUACUGCUUCAACGGCGGGACUUGUCUGGAGGUGAACAAGACCCUCUCGUGCGUCUGUCUGGACGACAGCAACUACGGCCCUCGCUGCGAGCUGAUGACGGCGAGGUUCGAGGGCGGCUUCGCCUGGUACGAGCCGCCGAGCGCGUGCGAGAACUCGUCCCUCUCCAUGGUGUUUGAGACCAACGACGCCAGCGGGGUCCUGCUCUACGCGGGCCCCACGGUGCCCCGCCCUUGGCCGGGAUACCCGAAGGACUUCCUGUACGUGUUCCUUAACCAGUGGACGUUGGAGGCGUACUUGGACCUCGGCUCCGGAACGCUGAACCUCGCCAUCCCUCUGGAGGAGAACUACGAGAGGACCUUCGAGCUGGUGCUCUCCUGGGGCAGGGACGAGGUCGUGUUCGAGGCGAUUGACUGCGGCGUGAAUGCGACGAAGGAGGACCCCGUACCCUGCAGGAAGUCCUUGUUCCUUCCGGGGACAUCGAGGAGCCAUCUGCUGAACGUCCAAGGGCCCCUCCAGCUCGGCGGGAUAGCCUCCAUGGCGGACUUUCGGAAGCUCUCGGCCUCCUACAGGUGGACGCUCACGCCCCCCGCGGUCCUUCCCUUCUCGGGCUGCGUCUUCGAACUGCGCCACAACGACUACCUGUACGAUCUCAACGCCACAGACUACCACAGUAUGACCUUCCACCCCUGCGACGCGCCCAGGGCAGCGAAGGUCGUCCUCGGCCAUCAGCCUGCCACCAUCAUCUUUGCCAGCAUCCUCUGCCUGCUGCUGGUCGUCCUGGUGAUCCUAUGCUUGGCCAGGCGAACUAGGAAGGCCAUCUCGUAUCCUGAUCUCGAGAGGGAAGUCGUGAAGGAGACGCUAGGAAGGACGGACGUCGAAGGAUUCGGGGAGAAGGACGUCACCAACUUCGACUUCAAGUUUCUGCAAGUUACCCCCGACGGACAACUUCUCACGGAGGACGGCCUCUUGCCCGACGUGGCGCUAGAGGCCCGCCAGCGACGCCGCGCGCCCCUGGCACAGAUGCCCGAGGGACUCAGCAUCGGCGACUUCAUCUCAGAGAACAUCCUGAAGGUCAGUGACGUGGACCAGGAAUAUGAGGUGCCCGAUGACGUCAUCCACUUCAGCUGCCAGGACGGAGGGAUGUCCUUGGCGUCCCUCUCCCCGCUCGCCUCAGACUCCUCCGAGUACGGCCUCGGCGUCGACUGGCGGCGCCACAACCCGCACACCUUCGGCCGCGAGGAGGAAGAGGAGGCAGAGAAGAGGAAGAGGACGACAGCGACUACGAGGAGCUGGACGACCCCCCGAGGCGCGUGAGCUCGUCCUUCCAGGAGUCCCUGCCGACCGACCACAGCCGCUCCUCCUCGCACUCGCCCGCCAGCAACACCACGAGCCACUCGCCCAGCUCGACCUUGAGCGAGGCCGAGGAAGGCUCGAGUAGCUCCGUCCUCACGCCAAAGGAAGAGGAGGAGGAGGAGGAAGAGGAGGAGGAGGAGCCGUCCCAAGAUGCCGCGACGGUGGUCCUUGAAGAGGGCGAGGGGGACGAGGAGGGAGAGGUGCAGGAGGAGGUGAACUGCCUCGAGGACGACGUGGUGGCCUCGUCGUCGGUGGCUUGCAGAGAGCACGGGGCGAGUUGCUAACACGAACGAAUUUCUUAGUGAUGGUAGCAGAAGGAAAGGAAGUAAGGAAGAAGAAAAGAAGAGGAAAGGGAAGGGAGAAAACGAGAAUGAAGUAAUGUUAGUGAGCGAGGAAGAAAGAAAGUAAAGAAAGGAAGAGAGAAAACGAAAGAUGAAUAAUGUUAUCAAUUAGGGAAUAAGGAAAGAAAAGAAGGGAAGAGAGAAAAUUAGAAAGAAGUAAAGAAAAUAGAAAAAUAAAGAAAGGAAUAGAAAGCGAAAAAAGAAUAUUAUGAUACAUCAGAAUUCUUCUGCAGUCGGUGCCAAAUCUUAGAAGAAAGUAAAGAUGGAAAAAAGGAAAAAU